CCCAGAGCAGACACACACAUGGCAAAGAAAACCUCGGGAUCCUCUCGACCCAUCAGUACUUCCCUUAACAUCUUCCUCACCAAGGCUUUACCAUCUUCAGCUGCAGCUGCUGAAGGAGGCAUCUUCAAAUGACCUGGACAAACACAGUUGGACAUGGACAAAAUACUGUUUUGAACGCAACUGCUUUUGGACAGCCUCCACCAUGUCUCAAGGAGCAGCUUGUUGUGGUGGAGCUCUCUGGUAUAAUCAACAACGACUUCCUGUCCAAGUGUCGGGGCACAUGCAAGAUACUGGAUAUUGACAGUGAGAAGCCCAUGAUGCAGGUGGGACAAUAUGUGUUUGCAGGGGAAUAUGAAGAUGCUUUGGGAACUUGUGUGCUGUUCGAGGAGGGACCACAGAAAGCAGGAGGAGAAGAAGAAGAAGACAGUGGUCCAGAACUCAAGUACAAGUGCUACACCAGGAAGAAACUGAUGAUGCAACGAAUCUUCCUCGUUGAGAAGAAAGAGGGUGAAACCAGCACAGCAGGAAGUGGUGAUAGCGGUGAACAGAUGGAAACAACUUGUCAGUCCAAUCGAGAGGAAAAUGCCAAGAAACAGGGAGCGACAGAAGAUGAUAUGGACAACACAGAUUCAGACGUGGGCUGAGAUAUGGAGGGUUUGCUAUAUUAUGACCUCCCUAGACAAGUGUAGAGACACCAGGCUGUGAACGACACAACAUGUCUGAAACAGACUAUUCAAAGACAUAUACAGUUCAGCAAUAAUAAGGAGAAGUGUCAGUAUUACUGUAAGUCUUGUGUCACAAUCCUUUACCAGAACCACGUAAUGCGUCUUCUUCACUGAACCUCAAAAUAAGAGAAUUUAAUAUUUGAUGCACAAAAUAGAUAUGGCUAAAUGACACCUAAAGGGAAAACAGGCUCUUAAAAAUCAUCAUGUCAAAUCCAUUGAUUUCAUUCCACAUAGGAGGGGUCAUUGGAUGUGCAGUCACAGCAAUGUGGCCAGAGACCUCAGCUUAGCAGCAGGAAGUCCUGUCAUUGUGCUUCUCUGAUAUCAUCAGUUUUUGUUCCCACUUGGGCUGUCGUUAACGCAAAUUCGUUUUAACGCGAGGAUAAACUGGCAUGAUGAUUUUCAAAGGGGUCCCUUGACCUCUGACCUCAAAAUAUGUGAAUGAAAGUGGAUUCCAUGGGUACCCACGAGUCUCCC